CGAGGAACAUGCAACAGACAAGCAAGCAAAUUCCACCUAAUCUAGUCUUCUUCUCACAGGAUUAGUUAAGGUAGUUGAGCUCCAAAACCACUCAAAACCCACUUUUUUUUUUUAUUCAAAACAUUCAUCCUCACCUAUAAAUUCCCCUCUUUGAUGGAUCUCUUUCUCAAGUUUUAACAGCAAGUUUCUCAGCCAAAAUCAGCAAUUCUAAUCAUUCUUCCAACAGUGCAAUUAAUAGGACACAAUAAGAUACUAGUGCAACUAAUCAUGGCUCUCCAGCAGUUAUUUCCAGCUUUAUCCAUUGCCUUGGUGCUUCUAUCUUUGCCUGUUUAUGGCCAGAUCAAUUCACCUUGUACAACUUCGAUGCUCACCAGCUUCACUCCUUGCCUGAAUUUCAUUACCAAUAGCAGCACCAAUGGGAAUUCGCCUACUGCAGAUUGCUGCAAUGUAAUUAAGGCAUUCAUGGCCAACAGCACAGGCUGUCUCUGCCUUGUUGCAACUGGAGGCGUUCCCUUCAACCUUCCCAUCAAUCGAACUCUCGUCCUCUCCCUCCCCCGCACCUGUAACCAGCCUGGUGUACCCCUUCAGUGCAAAGCCUCUGUAGCACCUAUUCCUGCUCCAGGACCUCUAGCUGGUGGACCUGCAGUGUCACCUGCAGCUAAUCCUCCUACAGGUACCAUGUCACCUGCAGCUGCUCCUCCUACAGGCUCUGUGGUUCCCCAGGCUGGCUCUCCAACAUUGGCACCAGAGGCUGAAACAAAUCCGGCUUUGACUCCACCAUCUUCAACUACAAAUUCAGGAUCUCCAGCAGGGAAUUCAGGCAACCGACAGUCUGUGACCCCAUCAGCUGCCUCAACACUGAGUUUUUCACCAUUGCUUCUGCUAGCUGUGAUCGGAGCAAUUGCCCUGAGGAAUUAUUGAUCUGAUGCUAGCACAUUUUAUCUCAGCCACGUUAUGUAUCAGUUUUUUUAUCUAGAGGAUUGUUUGAUACCUAGUAUUUUGAUUUGUCAAGUCGAUUGAGCACUUGUUAUUCUUUGUAUUAUAGAUUAUUGCCUUAGAUUUGUAUAAUUAUUAUAGUUGUGGAGUUGAAGGUUCGCUAUUCAUUGUGAGAAAAUAUCAGAUCCUUCUGUC